AUGUCGAAGGAGGACGGCGUCAAGGAGCCUACCUACGACGAUUACGUCGAGCGAAUUCACUACAGCGACAAGUACAAUGACGAUGAGUGGGAGUACCGCCACGUGAUCCUCCCCAAACCAAUGCUCAAGCUCCUCCCGGAAACGUACUUUGACCCGUCGGAACCGGGCGUGCUGCGCAUCCUCAGCGUCAAAGAAUGGCGCGACAUCGGUAUCACGCAGAGCAUGGGCUGGGAGCACUACGAGGUGCAUGCGCCCGAACCGCACAUCUUGCUCUUCCGCCGCGAGAAGGACUUUUUGGAAAAGUACCAAGCAGCACAAGCACAGCAGGCAGCAGCACAGGCGCAGGCCAACGGCAAGAAGUGA